UUUUCAACGUCGUAUCGCUGAGUGAGUGGAAGCUAGCUAGGGUUUAACGAGAUGAUGAAAACGUGGAGGAGAAGUGAAUACUCAGACCUAAUUCCAAUUGAUCUGAUUUUUGAAAUACUCUCAAGUUUGCCGGCGAAAUCUGUAGCGAGAUUUCGUAGCGUAUCAAAGCUGUGGGGUUCUAUAAUUAGCCGCAUAGAUUUCACUGAGUUGUUCCUGACCAAAUCUUCUGGUCGGCCUCAGCUUUUGUUCACAUGCGUGAAAAGCAAUGAAUUGUUCUUCUUCUCAACCCCACAAACUUGUGAGAACUGGUUUCCUGUUGUAGCCGCCGAAUAUCAUAUGAAGCUCCGCUGUGAUCCAUUCCGCAACAUACUUAAUCCUAUAAGUGGCUUGGUCUGUUUUCAUGACAAACGGGGAGAUAAAAGUGGAUUGUUGGAGACGGUGAUAUGCAACCCUAGCACCGGACAAUCCUUUACUUUACCUAAAAUGAAGACGAGAGGGAGGGUGGCGCUCAUGAGUAGCUUUUUAGGGUAUGAUCCGGUCGAGAAACACUUCAAGGUGUUGGCAAUGACUUUUCCAUCUGGAGAUGAUGGGAUCUCCGAGGAGCAUCAAGUUCUCACAUUAGGAGGAACUGGAUCUUGGGGAAUGAUCCAGUGUUGCAUACCCCAUUGUCCUGGAUUUAAGGUGAUAUGCAUCAAUGGUGUUUUGUACUAUCUAGCUAAGGUCAACAUGUCUUCAUCGAUUUCUAUGAUAGUUUGCUUUGAUGUUAGGUCUGAGAAGUUCAGCUUUGUUAAAGUCACAGAAGAUUUCUCUGCCGUAGUGCAUCAUACAUCGACUCUGAUAAACUACAAUGGUAAAUUUGGUUCAAUUACGACGUCAGAUUAUUGUUGUGUUGAUGGAACAACCGGUGCUUUUAUAUUUUGCGUUCUAGAAGACCCUCUAAAACAUGAGUGGUCGAAGCAUAUUUACAUUUUGUCUCCUCUGUGGUGGCAUGUUUUUCGAGGGAACACCGUACACAUUGUUGGACUGACUCGUACAAAUGAAGUUGUCUUGUCAAAAAAAAUUCCAAACGAACCUUUCUAUGUUUUCUACUACAAUCUCGAGAAGAAAACUAUAAGAAGAGUUCAAAUCCAAGGAAUGGGAGCGUUAAAGGGUAAUAACGUUUACACCUUUAUAGACCAUGUUGAGGACUUGAGGGUCAAGCAUCUUACGACUUUUAUGUAACUUGAGAUUUUGUAACAUAGCUUCAAUAAUUUUUUUUCUU